AUGGGCCAUACCAUCGCACAAAAGCCCACGCAUAGCGGCAGAGAUAGAUCACGGAGAUACCACUUACGGCAGAGAGGUCGAUCGAGUCGACCGCAGCACUCGACUCGGCUACGUUUGCAUCAACGCUCAUGCACCAGUCUUCAGCAAGGGAGAGAGCCCAGGCUCUCAAAGUCUUUGAAACGAAAGCCAAUAGCCCGAGAUUGGCCACUCGUGCGUAAGCGACUGGCUGCCGCUGUGGCCUGCCUCAACACCGCUCUGAUUGGUGUGAAUGCGGGGAUAUACGCUGGAGCCCUGCCCUCAAUCCAGUACGCCAUUGUAGACCUCAACCACUCGAUGGUGUUUGGCAACGUCGGCUUCUUCCUCGGCUUGGCUCUGGUGUCGUUCAUGUGCUGGCCUUUACCUCUUCUCCACGGACGUAAGCCAUACGUCGUGUGCGGCUUGAGUAUCGCUCUGCCACUUAUUUUCCCCCAGGCGAUAGUUGUAAGCGCGCCGAGAUCGCCAUCGACUCCAGUCUGGGAAGUUGUGAUACUCGUCUCAAGGACUCUCAUGGGCUCGGUACUGGGAUUGACAAGCAUGAAUUGUCAUGCGAUGUUGACGGACCUCUUUGGAGCUUCUCUGAUGUCAACGGCCCCUCACCAAGAAUUGAUGGACCAGCGAGACCUCAGACGACAUGGAGGCGGGCUUGGCGUUUGGCUCGGAUUGUGGACGUGGUGUUUUGUUGGCUCAAUUGCCCUUGGGUUUCUUGUCGGUGGUCUCGUGAUUGACAAUGUGGCGCCUGCUAACGCGUUCUACGUCUGCAUCGGGAUGACGGCAUGUGUCCUUGUCGUGAACGUGCUCUGUCCCGAAGUGCGCCGGUCGAGUUGGCGCCGUUAUGUGGCAGAGGUCCAAGUCGGUCAAACGAUAUCAAGGUGUCCUGCAAGAGGUGAGAUCAUGAUGCAACACAUCAAUGAAACACCAAGAUCGUGGGGACAAGACGUCUAUCAUGGCCUCAUCAUGUCCAUGGAAAUGCUUCGCCAGCCAGGCUUUGCGGUAAUGACACUUUUUGCCGCGUGGGUCUACGCACAAGUUGUGCUCAUCAUCAUUCUUCUCGCAUCACUUAGUUCCAGGCUCUACCACCUGCGCCCGACUUAUGUAGGUGCGGUCGUGUCCUCCAUUGCCAUUGGUGCACUUGCUGCAGUUCCUUUCCAGAAGGCGAGCAUAUUCUCACGAUCCCGGUAUCACCCUCAACGCACCAACAGCAUGACGUUCGACCAGACUUUCACUUGGACGUCUCACCUUGUUCGCCGUGCGAUUUUUGUGCUGGCGCUGCCACUUGUUGCGGCUUUGUACGUCGUCGUUUCAACCGGACCACCCUUGCACAUUGCUGCUCCAUCUGCUUUCGCAGCCCUAAUAGGGUUUCUGUCAUGUUUGGGGAUAUCGGAAUGCAACGGCAUGCUGAUGGAGAACUGGGACUGCUCUGACUUACUACCUGUUACGGAAAUCCAUCAAGGCAGCAGAACCCGUCGCAGACUACGGAGUAAUUACUCUUCUUUCCCCCGAGUCAGUGCUGGCCUUGCGAUCACCCACAGUCUGAGCUUCGUGCUCGCUGGUUUCGUGACGAUAGUGGGUGGCCUGCUCCAGCGGAACUUGAGCCAGCGCGCAGCUUCUGGCGCCGUCGCAGGUAUACUAUUGGUGUUAAGCUGCUUGCUCCUGGCUGUCCUCGUUCGUUUCCGGAAUGUGCAGAUCAUCCCAGCUUCCAGGAUCAAGGAGAUGGACAGAUGGACGGUGGAGAGACGAAUCAGUCUUCACAGUCAUGCUCGGGCCUUGGCCAUUGCGCGAUCUCAGGGACGGACCGACCUCGACGAUACCGUUGCUGAGGAACCACGGUGGAGACCUCUACUGUUGGGUAAUCCGACACGUAAACAUCGUCGAAUGAAUCUGCUCGAGCUUGGAGCGCUGAGUCGCUGGAGUGAGAUCCGCAAGCUGAAUCGCCUGGUCGACCACGAUGCCCAUCUGAACCGACAGGCGGUCAGGGCCGCCCAGAAAGAGAUUGGCAGGCGUGCCAAUGAGCUGGUAGGCGACCUGCACGCCCUUGGGGAUGUGGUCGGCAGCGUCAGCAGGCGAAGCCUGCGCAGUCUGCACAGUCACAGUCACAGCCACAGUCAUGACAGCGAUACGGAGCCGUCGACCAAGCACAUGUCUCGUGAGAUUGGCAUGCACGCACCAGUAGCCGGCGCCACGGCCAGAGAGCCCCACACUGUGAAUAGAGCGACGGAUACGUUUGGGGAGAGGGAGCGGCACAUGGUCCAGAUUGUGGAGGAAGAGCUAGAACGUUUCACGGUAGGCGACUGGUCGAACUCCGAAGAGGUUAGUAGUGGCAGCAGUGGGCAGGCGGUGGGCCAUGGCCGGCAGCAAAACUUGCACAAACGCGAGGCCACAGAGGUGGGAGAGUACGGCAUGACGCCUGCAUCCGCCAGAGGGUCGAACCUGGGACACGGGCCUCGAUGAGAGGUUGUGUGUAUGUUUGUGUUGUUGUAUGAUUGUAAGAUUCAUACAUGAAUACAGCAGUAGGGAGGGGAUGCCCAGCCGUGCGACAAGACGUGAGGUAUUCAUA